CUGACUUGUCUGUUUUGUCGUCGCAUGUCGGCAGCUCUGUCUGCUUUUCUUUUUAGUGGACGUAUUUAACCAAGUGGAAAGUGAUUUUAUCAAAAAAAACUCCCAAUAUAUCGGUUUUACUUAUGAUAUACAACAAAAAUACAAUUAGCGAAAGUAAAUUACGUACUUUAUUAAGAUGGGUAAGGCGAAAAAGCAACGCAAAGGAGCGAAAGGCGAGGAAAGCGACUCUGAAAUGGAAGUAGAUAAUACUGAAUUGAUUGAAAAACCCACCACAAAAAAAACUAAGGCCCCAAAGGAUAAGGAAGAUGUAGAAAAUGAACAGGCCAAACCAGCCAUUAAAACAAAGAAAUCAAACAAGAAGAAAGAUAAGCAAGAAAGUGAUUCUGAAGAGGAUAUUCCAAUAGCUAAAACACAGAGUGCAUUUGCUCUGCUUCAAGUGGAAGAUAGUGAGGAAGAUGCUGUUCAGAGUGACAAUGAGAGUGAAAAAGAAGAAAUUGAAACAGCUCCCAAAAACAAAAAGAUUAAGCCCGAACCACAACAGGGUGGCAAAAAAGGAAAGAAAAGCAAGAGGAAGAAAGACGAAGAUGAUGAUGAAUUAGAAAGAGCUUUGGCCGAGCUAGAAAUGGAAUAUUCAGGAGUUAAAAAAGAUGAGACUCCUAUUGCUCAACAAGAAGAACAAGAAGCUAAACCAGCGGGCAAAAAAGGAAAAAAGAAGGGUAGAGAUCAAGAGGUGGAAGAAGUUGAGGAAAAGGCAAAUGAGGAUGAGCCAACUGAUGGCGGAACUAUGAAAACUGCCGCUCAAAAGAAGAAGGAGAAGAAAGAAAGAGAGAAGCAAAAAAAACUAUCUGCCAAAACUAUUCAGAAAGAAGACUCUGAAGAAAAAACGGAGAUUUCCGAGCAGAAUAAAGAUCCAGAAGAGGUAAGAGAACCAUCAGAAGAAAAGGAAAGUAGUAAAAAGAAGAAAAAGAAAGGAAAAGACAAAGUGGGAGAUGAAAAAGACAAGGAAGAUGACGGAGAAGCGAUUGAUGAAAGUGCGACAGGCAAAAAGAAAAAGGGAGCAAAGGAGAAAGAAGAUAAGGAUGCCAAGAAUAAAAAAGGUCCGGCCAAGAAAACUAUUGCAGCUAUGCAAGAAGCUUUAAAGAAAAUCAAGGAGGAAGAAGAAAGAAUAAAACGUGAAGAGGAGGAGAGACUGAAAAGAGAAGAGGAGGCUGAAAAUGCAAGAUUAGAAGCCCUUAGGUUAGAACAAGAAAAGAAGGAAAAGAAAAAACAAAAAGAGAAGGAACGCAAGGAAAGACUUAAGGCGGAGGGUAAAUUAUUGACUGCUAAGCAGAAGGCUGAUCGGGCAAGAGCUCAAGUGUUAAUCGAUAGCUUAAAGGCACAAGGUGUUGAAUUACCGGAUGUAGGAGAAAAAAGACCAGCCAGGCUCGGAACCAGGAUAAGACCAAACAAACAAAAAAAGGAACAAGCCGGACAUGAGGUGAAAGAUGAGCAAAAAGCAGUGGAUUCUCAGCCUGGAGAUGCACAGGAAGUCCCUACCAAAGAGGAUGUAAAAAGCGAAGAGCCAAAAGAGGAAGAAGAUGAUGUUAAAGAUACCUGGGACGCAUCUUCGGAUAGUGAGUCUGAAGGUGAAUCUGAAGAAAACAAAAAGGAGUCAGAAAAUCAAGUUAAUGACGCACCUAAGACAGUUAAGGCCGAAAAAGAUGAAGCUAAAGAGAGUAGCAACGAAGAAGAUUCAGAUUCUGACGAAGACGAAAGCGAUUCUGACGACGAUGAUGAGGAUGAUGAAGAGGAGGACGGUAGAACACUUGCGGAACGUGUGAGAGAAAGAGCCGAAGAAAGAAUCAGGAAAAGAAAAGAAGAAGCCGAAAAGAACCGAAGUCUGGAUAACCUUCGUGCUGGUGUGGUUUGCGUAUUGGGUCACGUAGAUACUGGAAAAACGAAGAUCUUAGACAAAUUAAGGAGAACGAACGUUCAAGAUGGAGAAGCAGGUGGAAUUACCCAACAGAUUGGUGCCACCAAUGUUCCCAUUGAAGCUAUUAAAGAACAAAUUAAAAUUGUUAAGGGGGCGUCUGAUAUGGAACUGAAAUUACCCGGUUUAUUGAUUAUUGAUACACCUGGGCACGAAUCGUUCUCAAACCUUAGGAAUCGUGGCUCAUCCCUUUGCGAUAUAUCAAUUUUAGUGGUGGACAUUAUGCAUGGUCUGGAACAGCAAACUAUCGAGUCUAUAAACUUAUUGAAGAAGAAAAAAUGCCCUUUUAUUGUUGCACUGAAUAAGAUUGAUAGACUGUACGACUGGCAGACAAUGAACAGAAAAGACGUCAGAGAUAUUAUAAAGGCCCAGGCGAGAAACACCCAACUCGAAUUCGAAGAAAGAACCAAAUCAGUGGUUUUACAGUUCGCUGAACAAGGCUUAAACGUAGCGCUGUUCUACGAAAACCCCGAUCCACGUAGUUACAUUUCUUUAGUGCCAACCAGCGCCAUUACCGGCGAAGGUAUGGGCAACCUUUUAGCAUUAAUCGUUGAGUAUUGUCAAGUUCGGUUGCCAAAACGUUUAAUGUAUUCCGAUGACUUGGAAGCCACUGUUCUCGAGGUUAAGGCUAUCCCCGGUUUGGGUACCACAAUUGAUGUUAUCCUAGUCAAUGGUACUUUGAGGGAGGGCGAGACGAUUUUAGUUGCUGGAACAGACGGGCCUAUAGUGACCCAAAUACGGUCGUUGCUUAUGCCUCAACCGCUUAGGGAGUUAAGAGUAAAGAACGCCUACGUAGAACACAAAGAAGUAAAAGCAGCCCAGGGAGUCAAAAUAGCAGCAAAAGAUCUAGAAAAAGCCAUUGCCGGCCUUAAUCUUUAUGUUGCUGUAAAACCCGAUGAAAUUGAGGUUUUAAGAGAGGAAGUAGCAAGAGAAUUGAAAGUAGCACUUAAAAACAUGAACAUAGAACUGAAGGAACGAGGUGUUUAUGUGCAGGCUUCGACUCUAGGAUCCCUUGAAGCUUUACUCGAGUUUUUGAAAGUCAGCAAGAUUCCUGUUUCCGGAAUAAGAAUCGGUCCCGUCGUUAAAAAGGAUGUUAUGAAAGCAUCAAUCAUGUUAGAACAUGAAUCUCAAUAUGCAACCAUCCUGGCAUUCGAUGUUAAAGUAGAAAAAGACGCUCAAGAGUUAGCAGAUAGUAUGGGAGUAAAAAUUUUCCAAGCCGAUAUAAUCUAUCACCUCUUUGACAAAUUUAUGGCAUACAGGGAGGAACUUAAACAGAAAAAAAGGGAAGAGUUUAAACAUAUCGCAGUAUUUCCUUGCAAGUUGAAAGUUUUACCGCAGUUUGUGUUUAAUUCGAGAGACCCUAUUGUGUGCGGUGUUAUGGUGGAGGCCGGAGUCGUUAGAGAAGGCACUCCGAUUUGUGUACCUAGUAAAGACUUUGUCGAUAUUGGAAUUGUUACCAGUGUGGAAAAUAACCAUAAACCAGUGGAAUUUGCCAGAAAAGGCAUGGAAGUGUGUAUUAAAAUAGAGCCUAUUCCCGGUGAAUCGCCGAAAAUGUUUGGAAGACAUUUCGACGAAACGGACAUGUUAGUUAGCAAGAUAUCUCGUCAAUCAAUCGACGCUUGCAAAGACUAUUUCAGGGACGACCUUCUGAAGAGCGACUGGCAACUAAUGGUAGAACUAAAGAAGAUCUUCCAGAUACUGUAAAAACAUGUAUAUUAACCCGUUUUUAGUUUGAGUUGUUUAAAUGGAAUUCUUUUUCUUUUUUUUUGGCCGGAGAUAAUCAUGGUGACCGAUUGGGCUGGCCUCAGGUUACUUUACUCAUCUAUUUUUUAGAACUAACUGAACAUCAACUUAAAUCGUCUGUGAACUAUUUUUAAUGAUAGAUUUAGUGGAUCGGUUUGUUUUUAUAUAUGUGGGUGCCAUUUGGAUGGAAGAAAGGACUUGUUUUUAUUUAAAUUGUUUUAUUCAAUGAUGUAAUUGACCUACGUUUUAACCUUUUGUGCCAAUAUCCACAAAAGAUUGACAUCCUACAACAAUAAACAAUGAGUUCUUUCUUCCAACAAUUUGUGGUUUGAUUUUUUUGUAUAGUCAAUUUAAAUAAUAAUAAUAUUUUACUAUAAUCGAUAAUCUUUUUGCACCGAUCACUGAAAAAUAUACAUAUAGUUUUUUGAUAUAGUUCUAAUGUUAAAUAUACUUUUGUUUUUUUUUUAUUUUUUUUUCUUAAGUUUACUGGAUGUAUAGUAUAUAUUUUAAAUUAUAAUUAAACAUUGUCUUGUAAAA